AUGCUAUUGAAGGUUUUCUUCAUUGGUGUUGGUCUUAGAAAGCCAACGACAGAAUCCCUCGAAAAGUUCACAUGGCUCAAUUUCCCUGAUCCGAACGUCCUAUUCUUCCGCAUGACGAUACUGGAUAUGGAGAGGAGUAUGCUUCUUCUCAAAGCCGUCGCUGCUCCAUCUGUCUGGAUUCUUUUCUUCAUCCAGGUACAUAGAGCCUUACUCUGCACAUUCACAAUCAUAACCAGCGAAGAAGCGCCAUGGGAUAAAGCGGAAGUUGCUAAAGCACUCUCUGCUCAAAGUGAAGGUGCUUGUCUCAAGCAGUGUCUAGAAGAUUUCCCAGAAUGUUUCAUCGUAGCCACAGCUAAAGUCGACGAGGGGGUACAGUGUUCCCUUUUCAAUGAACGCUCCGUUCCACAAAAUUACGUCGAAGAAAUGUACGAGACGUAUACCGCUGGCGAAAAUAUAUACAUAUUGGAUCGAGCCAGAAACAACAACAACGCAUGUCCUUCAGCAGAUACCGUGCUCCCGGCCUGA